AUGCUUCAGCGUCUUAUCUUCCUUCUCAUCGCUCUGGCGACAGCCACCGCCGGCAGACAGGCUGCGAAUUUCAACAUCACGUCAGCUCAGGCUGAAGAGUAUGGCUGUGGGCAUACUUGCCAAAUCAUACUCAACGCAACCAUCCCCUUCGAUCGUGCAACAGUGGGGGAAGCCUUCGACUUCGAUUUCUACAAUACAGCAAACAACUUCUCAAGCAGCUCACCUGGAGACGUGCUGAAGUUCAAACCUAUCAAUGCCACAACUCGCAAUUUUAGGGCUGGCACGACUGCCUACAAGUUCCAGUACACUUCCAUCGACAACCAAGGCAGUCACGUUCCAGUUACGGGCUUUAUAGCGUUCCCGUACAGCUCGGGCGGGCAUGGCGGCAGUGAUCAGACGGUUUUCCCGCUCGUGGCGUUUGCCCAUGGAACAAUUGGGGCAUUCUACGGCUGUGCGCCAUCUAAUGGCCCCAACAUGUUUGACUACGAUACCUGGCAGACCAUCGUGUCGAGGGGCUACGCCGUCGUAGCAACCGACUAUGCUGGCCUAGGCAACAAUUACACUCCUCACAUGUAUUUGGACUUUCGCUCUCACGCUGCAGAUAUAUACUACAGUGUUAUCGCGGCGAGGAAGCUAUUCGGCCAUCUUCUUUCACAGGAAUGGCUGUCCGUGGGCCACUCCCAGGGGGGAGGCGCAGUGUGGAAGCUCGCCGAGAGCGAGUUUGUCCGCCACGAUGCAAAGUAUCUGGGUACGGUCGCAAUGGCGCCUGCGACAUAUCCAGUAAGUAUGAUGCUGGAUAACAUCAAUCAUAUUGAGUUUCCUGGCUAUCUUCCUUAUCUGAAACUCGCUGCUGAGCGUGCGAUCCCGGGCUUUGUGGGGACCAUGCUGUCUCCUAUUAUGCGAAAGCGAGUCGAGAUGGCAGAGCGUUUCCAACUCUGCGCAUCGAGCCUUGCAGGACUCACUCUGGACCUUGGUCGAAAAGACUUGAUCAAUUCCACGGGCGUUGCCCACGAUGCGCCCAUUCUUCUGGAUUGGGAGGCAAGAGUGGCUCCGGCAUCUGGCGGACGUUCCAAAGGCCCAAUACUCGUUGUUCAGGGUGCCAACGACACAAGCGUCCUGCCGCCUACAACCGAAAAAGCAUGGAAGAAGAGUUGUAGAGAUGGAAACGAAGUUCAUAUUCGUCUCUACAUGGGCGUCGAGCAUACUCCAAUCACGGCAGUUGCUCAAGUUGACUGGAUGACCUGGAUAAACGGGCGUUUCAGUGGCGACGAUUCAGGCCACAAACAAUGCACUAGAAAGAUCAUAGCUCCUUUCGAUGCUAAAUGGGCCAACCUGCCACCGGAGUUUAGUCUGUAG